AAAUAUUUGGCAUUAUAAACAUUCUUUUUCUUUCAAGAAUAAUCCGCCAUGGAAGCCAAGGGAGAAAGCCAGCAUAGCUCUAUUACAGUUCCAUCUGUUCAAGAGAUGGUGAAGAAGAAGCUGACCACGACGGUUCCUCCGAGGUAUGUACGGUCUGAUCUUGACAAAGGUGAGAUCGACUGUGAUUUAAGAACCGAGAUCCCAAUCAUCGACAUGAAUCUCUUGUGUUCUUUAGCCUCCAUGGAUGCUGAGAUUCACAAGCUCGACUUGGCAUGCAAAGAAUGGGGAUUUUUCCAGCUUGUAAACCAUGGAAUGGAAACAGGCUUCUUGGACAAAUUCAAGUCGGAGAUUCAAGAUUUUUUCAACCUUCCCAUGGAAGAGAAGAAGAAGCUAUGGCAACAACCCAGUGAGAUCGAAGGGUUUGGACAUACUUUUGUGGUUUCAGAAGAGCAGAAACUCGAUUGGUCAGACCUGUUCCUCCUUGUAAUGCAACCUGUCCACUUACGCAAGCCUCACUUGUUCCCCAAGUUACCUCUUCCCUUUAGAGAUACACUAGACACGUAUUCUGGUGAAGUGAAAAGCAUAACCAAGAUCUUGUUAUCGAAAAUGGCAAGCGCCUUGAUGAUAACACCCCAUGAAAUGGAGAAGUUGUUUGAUGAUGAGUUAAGACAGACAAUGAGGAUGAAUUAUUACCCGCCUUGUCCAGAUCCCGACCAGGUUAUUGGUCUAAUUCCGCAUUCAGAUUCUACAGGACUCACCAUACUGCUGCAGGUUAAUGAAGUUGAAGGUCUCCAAAUCAAGAAAAAUGGCAAGUGGGUUCCUGUCAAACCUCUCCCAAAUGCUCUCCUUGUCAACAUUGGAGAUGUCUUAGAGAUCAUAACGAACGGGUCUUACCAGAGUAUAGAGCAUCGUGGAGUUGUUAGCUCAGAGAAAGAGAGGCUUUCUGUGGCGGCAUUUCACAAUGUGGGAAUGGGUAAAGAAGUUGGUCCCGUGAGAAGUCUUGUGGAAAAGCAAAAGGCUGCAUUUUUCAAAAGUGUAACCGUCGAAGAGUAUCGGAAGGACUUGUUCACACGUAAGCUUGAUGGAAAAGCUUACCUUGAUGUUAUGAGAAUCUAAAAUAAAACAAUGAAUAAUAAAACCUUUUCCCUA